UUAUAUAAAUGGUUUAGACUAAACGAUUAGUUUCUACGUAUUAUGUUUAACGUUAACUUGGGAAUGCGUUAUAUCGUGUCAUUACAUUAGCGGAAAUAUGGCGCCUAGCAUCAACAGGCCCAAACGCAAACGAUUCAGCCUUCAUGUAAAACAAUCCCAAAAUUGUUCUUUAUCUUUAUGUUGGAAAAACAAACUCCAUCCACGAUUCACCCAUUUAAGUAGUUUAUAUGAAAUCACCAGCUUUGAUAUGCAAUAAUUGUAUUUUUGUUUAUUUUUUAUUAUAAAUGCCGCUUUAAUAUCUUUGUUGUUACUUCAUAUCAAGACUAUAUAAUAGUGAGAUUUAAAAGGAAAAUGUAUCAAGUUAAAGUUGCUUUCCCUUAUCGAUGUGUGCACAAUUUAGCCUUAAAUAUUAAUGAACUAAGAAAAGUUUAUCAGUUUAUUGAUGCACCAAGGUUUUUUACUUUACUAAUUGUCAUAGUACUGGCUUGAUACAGCUGAAGUUGUAAAAAGCAAAUCCAGUGACAUCCACAAAGUAUGAAUGAUUUGAUUUUUCAUCUCAAGGUAAGACUGAAACAGGUGACGCACCUCACCGGAUUCACCGGCAGAUCUUCCACCUGGAGUUGACCUCUACAACAUUUUAAUAUCAGGAGAUUCUCCUUAUUGACAUCUUUUUAACAGGUGAGCAGCAGCCAUCACUGCAGGAGCUGAUUUUUUUAGCAGUACCAGAAGGGUCCCUACACUAAUUUGACCAAGUGGAACUUUGACUUUGAGACAUGUCUUACAAUCAUCCAUAUCGAAACCCACCAGAUGAUUUCAGCGCAAACAAUGACAAGUACAAAGACUCGCAACGAAUUCAUCCCCGGGAGUCUAACGCUUACAUGUCAAGAAUGAGGAACACAUCUCAAGAGCAGACAUCUCUAUCUUCAUCAGAAAUGUCAAUCUUCCCACCUGGUAAGGCUUUGUCCUUUCUGCAUAGCUGUGGACUGGAUGCUGAAGACCUGAAAACUCUGGCGGAGCUUCCUGAGCAUCUCAUCACAGCCGAUGCUCUUCCCGACCUUCUUGCAGAGAUGAAAAAGAAGAAAAUGUCUACCGCUUCUUCAUCUAGGUCCAGUGCGCUCCAAGCCAGUGCGUCAACUCGCUCCUGGGAUGAUAGGUGCCACACUCAGUCGGUUGAGUAUCCAGUAGAUUUGCCCGUGCGUCAGUCGUAUUCCCUUAAUCGAGAGCAGGUUCCAGCCUGGGAUGACCGCUGGGGAGAUGUCCAACAAACAAGCUCUCAAACACACACAUACACAAAUUCAGAGCCAAACUAUGUGGUUGAGUACAACCAUUUGAAAGAUAAAAAUUCCUAUUUUGAUAAUGCGUCGCCUUAUGCCACAGAACCACCAAGGCAGAACACGUCAGUUGUCUCGCAGUCUUAUGCUAACUACAGCAGAGAUGUCGGUCAAUCCUCACAUCUGUCCAGUAGGGACAUCAGUCAAUCCUCACAUCGCUCUGGCAGAGACGUCAGUCAGUCUUCGCAUCUGUCGAGCAGGGACGUUGGUCUUCCAUCACUCCUGUCCAGCAGAGAUAUCAGUCAGUCCUCACAUCUGGCCAGUAGAGACGUCAGUCAGUCCUCGCAUCUGUCAAGCAGAGACGUUGGUCUUCCGUCACUCCUGUCCAGCAGAGAUGUCGGUCCGCCCUCAGUUUUUCCCAGCCGAGGCAUCAGCUCACCAUCACUCGUGUCCAGAAGAGACAUCGUUCCCCCUUCAAACCUGUCCAGCAGAGACAUCGGCCCACCUUCGUUCUUGCCCAGCAGAGACGUUGGUCUACCCUCGCUCCUGUCCAUUAGAGACCUUGCUCCGCCGUCACGCCUGUCCAGCAGAGAUGCCAGUCAAUCUUCACAUCAACGUAAGAAACCGGUGAUCCAUAUAGUCCCUACAAGGAAGGAGGCGUCAGAUUUCCAUGGGAAGACUCCACCAGUGUUCCCCUAUGCAUGCGUACUCUGCGAAAUCACUGUCCUCUCUAACAAGGACUGGUCUGUGCAUGUGAAAGGACCCCAACAUGCUAAUAGUCAACUCAGUCUUGUGGAAAAAUAUCCAGAGUGGGAUCAGACAAUCCAAUCUGCUCGAAGAAUUGAGUCCGGUUCCGAGAGUUCAAAGUCCAGAUCGACUCAGGAACGAGGUGGAACUUCAAGUAAUAGAAAUGAAUCAUCUGGCAGUAAAAUUGGAUCAUCGAGCAGUAAAAACCUGAAUAAAACCCAAGCCACAGCAAAGUGCAAAGUGGUGUGUGUAAAGUUCGAAGUGGAUGACGUGGACGAAGCUUACCUGAAAAAAUUGCUUGGCCAGUUUGGAGCUAUUGUCAAAAUUAUCAUGUUUCCUAAAUUGGCUUUUGUGGAGAUGGGAACAGCAGGCCAGGCAGAGGAUAUAGUAAAAUAUUUCUUACACAACCCACUGUGGAUCAGAGGGGAAAUGAUACAAUUUUCUCUGUCUGCAGCAUUCAGUUUCCUACAGAGUUCUCUUGUUGUGAGCUUUUCACCAUUACCUUCUGGAGAGGGCAUAAGCUCUGAGUUGUUGGCCAUUGCUAAGCGUUUCGGAUCAGUAAAACAUUCGCUGUUUCUGCCAAGCCGGGGUUAUGUGGAGAUGGGCAAUGCUGAAGAGGCCAACAAAAUAGUGCAGCACUAUUCAACCAAUUUACUCAAAUUAAAAGGAAAAACCAUUAACGUUGGCUUCUCAGCUGAGUACCAGUCGCUUAGUGGUGUUGAGAAAGAAGAAUCACCAGUACCUUAUAGCAACAGGAGGAGGAGGAAUAGCAGCCCAAAAAGGAGACCCCGUAGUUCCCGAAGAGACUCUCCCAGCCCCAAAAGAAGAGCCUCUGAAGAGAGGUCCAGGUCUCGCAGGAGUCACGACUCUAAGAAACGAGAAGAAAGUCGACGCUCUCGGGAGAAAACCAAAGAGAGCUCUAGACGGGACAGCUCAUCUAAAUCCCAUUCCAAAAGAAGCUCUUCUUCAAAAGACCAGAAACCGAAAACAACAACAGAAGAAAGUGUGGAGAAGCUGGUUAAACAAGGCAACGAUCAGUCUGAAAUCAUAGGGGACGAUAGUGAUCUUGAAGGAGUGGCAGUUAUAGCAGAUGACGGUGAAGAACUGAAUUCAGAAGAUGAGCUCACAGUAGAUUACGAGCUAGAUGACGAGGAAUAUGAAAUCGCAGAUUCUCUGACAGAACAGGAUACACUUGAAGAUGUCCAAACUGUGAAAGAGUCAAAUGAUGAGACUAAACCUUCAGAUAUGGACACAUCGAACAUACAGUCUGAGACAUCAGAGUGUGUACCAACUGCUACAACAACUGAUAGAUCAAGUGAUUGUAAGGAAGCCCAGGAUCUUCAACAAGGAGAGCAAAAAGAGAUAAAACAAGGAGAGCAAAAAGAACAUCAACAAGGAGAGCAAAAAGAGAUUCAACAAGAAGAGCAAAAAGAGAUUCAACAAGAAGAGCAAAAAGAGAUUCAACAAGAAGAGCAAAAAGAGAUAAAACAAGGAGAGCAAAAAGAGAUUCAACAAGAAGAGCUUCAGCAAAAAGAGCUUCAACAAGGAGCGCUAAAAGAUGAAACGGUGGAAAUGGAAGAGAAUGCAACAGAUUUGACAGAGAAUCUAGAAAACUUGCCCACGCCAGAUGAAUUUGAGGAAGUGCUGACAGACCAAGGUAAUAAAAUGGAGAUCUCCACUUCAAGCACUGAGGAAAAGUAUGGCAAAGUUCUUGAGGUGGCAGGUUUUCCAGUGGCUAAAAAAUACAGUGAAAACGAUUUGCUGAAAAUUGGGGAGAAAUAUGGAGAUGUGGCAGACUGCUGCUUGGUUCGCAGCAAUCGAAAGGUGGAGAAGGCAUUAAUUGAGAUGGUGAAUGCUACUGAUGCUGCAAAACUUGAAGUUGAGUCUAAAAGGCAACGCAUUAGACUAGGUGGCAAAAUAUUGAGGUUAACUGUGUCAAAGACGUACAGCCAAGUAAAUGAAGGGAAAAGUGUUGACUCUGACUCUGGGAGAGCGGAUGGUCAGGAACCUGUUGAAGAGGAUAGAAAGGAGCCCUCAUGCUUAUUGACGUCCAGUGAGGAGACUACAGUAGUGAUGACUGAGAACUCUGAAGAAGCUGCUGAGACCAACACGGAUCCAAUCAUGCAAACGUCUAGUGAUGAUGAGGAAGAGUAUGGUAGAGUCCUCCGGAUCAGAAAUCUUCCAAUGUCUGAUGAAUACAGUGAUGCAGAUUUUCUGAACAUCGCAGAACCAUAUGGGAGAGUAAAGCGUCAUUGGAUGUUUCGCCUCCAUCGAACAGGAUUGAUUGAAAUGGAAAAUGCCUGUGAUGCUGAGAAGGUUGUAUCUGCAGCCAAUAUGAAUACAAUUACAGUUGCUGGAAAACAUCCCAAGGUUUCAGUGUCUACCAAACAUGCCCAUUUAAAUAAAAGGUACUUUCUACAUGGACCUAGUGAUGGUUCUAUAGUGCCAUCUACUGAGUUGGAGAAGGAGUUGUGGAGUGAUCAGGAUGCCGACUCAAAGGAAGAUGAGAAGCAGGAUUCUGAUGUUGAUGGUGGAAAUAAAAUGGAGGCUGAAAAUUCAGACAGUUUGUCAGAGGCACAAAUACCCAAUAUGGAUCCAGUGGGGAUGGAGUUUAUUCGACCUGUGGUGGGUUACUUCUGCAGCUUAUGUAACGCCAUCUAUGCCAGUGAGGAAGAGGCCAAGGAUAACCACUGCAGGACCCCCUUACAUCAUCAAAAGCUGAAGGACCACAAGGAGCAAAACAGUUCAUCAUAAACCUCGACUAGAAUCAAGACAAUACAGAAAUCAUUAAUGGACAUUCAUGAUGACAGCAUACUCUAGUUUAGGAAAUGGUUCACCCAAAAAAUUUUAGUUGUCAUCAUUUACUCACCCUUGAGUUGUUCCAAACCUGUAUGAGUGUUUUUCUUCUUUUGAACUAAAAAGAUCUUUUGAAGAAUGUUGAUAACAAGACAGUUGAUGGUAGCCAUUUAUUUCCAUAGUAGGAGGGUAAAAUACUAUGGAAGUCAAUCUUUCUGGUUACCAACAUUCUUCAAAAUAUCUGUUGUGUUGGAUAGAAGAAUAAGUCAUGUUUGGAAGGUUGAGGAAAUUAUAAUUUUCAUUUUUGACUGUACUAACCCUUUAAUUCACAAUGUUAUACGUGUUGUGUUUUAGCAUUCCAAUUCAAAUGCAAUUUUGUUUUAAUUUGACCCUGUGUGUUGUUUUCCUCUUUAAUUAAUGAUUUUAUUAGUUAAUAUGAAUAUUAGUAAUCUACAUUUUUAUAGUAAUCUACAAAAACAGUCAUGUUGUUGUUAAAAGGCAUGUAUUUUCAUAGUGUACUGCAUUAAACUUAUUAAUAAAACAACAUACAAGUAAUGUCGGUUCUGCUCAAAUAAAAUCAUGUCC